AUGUCUUUCUACAAACGAAAGGAUCCACCAACCUCUUCGCCCGAUGACUCGAAGAAACCCAAGAAGAAUGGCAGUUUGACUUCCUUCUUUGGCCCUCCAAAAGCCACUCCAACAAGUGGAGGGAGACCAGGAUCACUCACGAACGGAGUUCUCACAGCUUCGAACGAACCUCCACCACCGAAGUUCGACAAGGACAAAUGGGUAGCAGGUCUCACUGAUGAGCAGAGAAAGCUCCUCAAGUUGGAGAUUGAGACACUGGAUCCUAGUUGGCUGUCUGUGUUGAAAGAAGAGAUCAUGACACCGGGCUUUCUGGACUUGAAACGGUUCUUGCAAAAGGAGAUCGACGCGAAGCAGAAGAUCUAUCCACCGUUGGAGGAUGUCUACAGCUGGUCUCGGCAUUGUCCCCUCCAUCAAGUCCGCGUCGUAAUCAUAGGCCAAGAUCCCUACCACGGCCAUAACCAAGCGCAUGGCCUCUGCUUUUCCGUGCGUCCACCAACGCCUGCUCCUCCUUCCCUAAAGAACAUAUACAUCGCAAUCAAGAAGGACUAUCCGAGCUUCAGCCCACCACCCAAGAAUGGAGGACUUCUUACUCCUUGGGCGAACCAAGGUGUCCUUCUCCUCAACACCUGCCUGACCGUACGCGCGGGCCAAGCAAAUUCCCACUCUAACCACGGCUGGGAGAAGUUUACUCAGAAGGUCAUCGACACAGUUGUCAAGUUACGAACCCGCGGCGUGGUGUUCUUGGGAUGGGGUACCCCGGCGCAAAAGCGAUGUGAAAAGAUCACGGGAGCGCGUCAUCUGGUGUUGAAAAGUGUACACCCUUCCCCCCUCAGUGCCAGUAGGGGUUUCUUUGAUUGCGGACAUUUCAGAAAGACGAAUAAUUGGCUGGAAGAACGCUACGGGAAGGAAGGGACCAUAAACUGGGAUUUGAAUGUGCCACAGCAACCCAUCAAGGCGCCAGACAUGCAAGAGCCGCCAAAAGUUACCGAGACGCAGAAGGGAGAACCCCAAAAUGCCGGGCCGGCUACUGAAUUACCCGAGAAGAACAAUGGCAAGAAAAUAGUGCAGCAAGAGGAGUUUGAAGGGGAAGAUGAUGAGGAUGCGAUUGCAGCACUUGAAGAGAUUGCCGUGAUGGAGGCAGAGGCAGCAGCGGGCGGCAAGGCCAAGGCUGAUGUUGAGAUCGAGAAGACGAGCACGUGA